GGAAACCGCUUUACCUGCAGCCGAACGACAGCCCGUGACUGCAAGACAAGUCGAUCUCCGGACACCUGAGGCAGGCAGCUCCAGCUCCAGCUCCAGCUCCAGCCUCUAUUCCCUUUUAAUCCUCCCCAAUACUACCUUACUACCUAUGAUGCAUUGUCUCAUCUCCUCUCCGCCAGUCCACGUAUAAAUUCCUCCUCCUCAUCCCUCAUCAUGGCUUCUUCCUUUCAUACCAUCAAGGGAUGCUCAUUGACGGUGAAAAGUGGGCUUGUGAAGCUUGCGUCCGCGGCCACCGUGUGACAACCUGUAAACACAAUGAUCGACCAUUGAUCCGCAUCGCCAGAAAGGGUCGCCCCUUUUCGACUUGCUCUGUAUGCAACUGCACCCCAUGCCAAGCUCCAGAGGAGCACACCAAACUCAGACGUGAGGCAGAGUCCAAGUCUCAAUCUUCAAAAUUUCUCCAGAAAUCUUCCGGUAGACCCUCCCGUCCAAACAGCGCCUUCCAACCCAUCGCGCCCCGUCCUUCGCUCGACUCUGCCACGCCAGCCGCCAGCCACGCAGCGAUCUCACCACCGCUUGCAGGUCGUCCCAGCGCAGCGGGCGCCGUCCCCGCACGACGGGGACUUUCUGUGCGUUCCCGCAGCUCGACAGAAACAGACACCCAGAUGCGUAUGAGCCAGAGUCCCGGAUACUCAUCCGGCGACGCACAUGCACAGUGCCAUUCCCAUCCUGGCGCGCGAUUCACCGCCCCAGCAGCCCCUGUUCCAGUUCCACUCCCGGUAUUCACCACCGCGCCCCAUCCUCGCUCUUCCCGCUAACCUGCGGUUCGUUCGCGACCCCGCCCUCGCGUCCGUCGCCGACAUCCCGGUCUCGAUGGCACUGAUGCACGGCGACGUGCACGGCGCCGGAUUCCUGUUCGCGGAUGGCGCAGGCGGGUACGCUGGCGACGGGGUCUUCUCGCUGGACGAUCUGGAUAUGGGUGUGGGCGUGGGCGGGGGUGCGAUGAUGCAGACUGAAUGGGGGGAUCAGUACUGGCUGGGAGACGAAUCAGUGUGAUGUGAUCUGAUGAUGAGCUGAUGAUGAUGAUUACGAUGUGAUGAUUUCAUUUUUUGCUUCUGGGGGAUGGGAUUCGUGUUUAUACUAUCCUGGUUUUUUGGCCGUGGGAUAACAGGACCAUGACUGU